UCCUUUACAUUUUACUGAGCCAUUCAGAGAGACAGAGAGAGACAGACAGAGAAGAGAUGUCCAAAGAAGUGAGCGAAGAGGGCCAAACCCACCACCAUGGCAAGGAUUACAUCGACCCGCCGCCAGCGCCUCUCCUCGACACCGCCGAGCUCAAGCUCUGGUCCUUCUACCGAGCCCUCAUCGCCGAGUUCGUCGCCACCCUCCUCUUCCUCUACGUCACCGUCGCCACCGUCAUCGGUCACAAGAAGCAGGCCGGCCCCUGCGACGGCGUCGGCCUCCUUGGAAUCGCCUGGGCCUUCGGCGGCAUGAUCUUCAUCCUCGUCUACUGCACCGCGGGCAUCUCCGGCGGUCACAUCAACCCGGCUGUGACUUUCGGCCUCUUCUUGGCCAGAAAGGUCUCGUUGAUCCGAGCUCUGGGGUACAUGAUAGCCCAGUGCCUCGGCGCCAUUUGUGGCGUUGGGCUGGUGAAGGCUUUCAUGAAGCACCACUACAAUUCCCUCGGUGGCGGCGCUAACGCCGUCGCUCAUGGCUACAACAACGGCACUGCUCUCGGCGCCGAGAUCAUCGGUACCUUUGUCCUCGUCUAUACCGUCUUCUCUGCCACCGAUCCCAAGCGGAACGCUCGUGACUCUCACGUUCCUGUUUUGGCACCUCUGCCAAUUGGGUUUGCAGUGUUCAUGGUUCACUUGGCCACCAUCCCCAUCACCGGCACCGGAAUAAACCCGGCGAGGAGCUUUGGCGCUGCCGUCAUCUACAACAAUGAUAAAGUGUGGGACGACCACUGGAUUUUCUGGGUUGGACCGUUUGUGGGAGCUUUGGCAGCCGCAGCGUACCAUCAGUACAUUUUGAGAGCCGCCGCCAUUAAAGCUCUGGGAUCUUUCCGCAGCAACCCCUCCAACUAAACUGAAUAUAUAUAUAUGUGUGUGUGUGUGUGUGUGAAUUGUGUGUUAAUUUGAUGCUGAUCAGCUCUUCUUCUCCUCCUUUCUUCUUCUUCUUCUUCGAUCUUCCUCUUCCUCUUCUUCUUCUUCUUCUUCUGUAACUUUGUUUUUCUUGCGAUGAACUUAAUUAUAGUUUGUGGGUUUUAGUUUCUGAUAACUA